CCGCCGUGCGGGCAACACCUCUAACCGAACCGCGGCACGACGCUCCAGCACCCGCCCUGACGUUGUGCAGUGACCGAGUGGAACGCUGUGAUUUGUUUUGAGUGUGACGUCACUGAGUGCAACUUGUGAACGUUACAUAAUUGUGUUGAGUGCACUAUGCGGUUGUUUGCAACGUUAUGAAUGGUCUGGACCGCUGCUUCUUCGAUCAACGUGAGUCUCAGCAACAUGGGGAUGACUGCAGUUAUAGUUAUAUAAGCCUGGGCCGGCUUCACCCCUACGGCUCGGGCAGCGGGAGUGGCUCGAGCACAGGCAGCGGGCGCCGGCGCGCGCGCAGCCGCGGUCUGUCCGACUCGCCCACCGCCCCCACCACCCCCACCUCCGCGUCCGACAACGCGUCCGACGCGACGCUAACGGACUCUGAGUUGCCGCUCGCGAGGGACUCCACGCUGCUCGUGCAAAACGGUGAGCCACCUACCUGA